AUGUGCUGUCACUUCAACAGCACCUUUAACACUCCCGGCACUUGCACGCUCGACCUCUCGUACGUGGACAGCGCCGGCAUCCUUCGGCUCAUCGACGGGGUUGACAGUGUGGGCGAACUAUGUGGUGUUCUGAAGGGUACAUUCGGCAACGAACAGUGCUACGUCAAUCUCAAGGACACGACUGCUAGUGGUGGCGGUUCAGAGGAUGUCAAGAAGGACGCUUGCGCCAAGCUGAAGGGCACAUGGGAUGGCGGCAAGUGCGAGGUAUUCGGUUUCGCCGGGUAG